CGCCUGCCAGGCUUGAUUUGAGUUAGCCUCCUUUUCGUGCGUACACUCGAGACUCGGCACUUCCUUCCCUCCAAGCUCACUGCUAGAUUUGCCGCCGGAGAUGGAGUACGUCAGCCCCGAAGGUCUUCGCUUGGAUGGUCGCCGGCCCAUGGAGAUGCGACAGAUUCGAGCAGAGAUUGGGGCAGUGGCGAAAGCUGACGGUUCUGCUACUUUCGAGAUGGGCAAUACGAAAGUGCUUGCCGCGGUUUAUGGCCCCAGGGAGGUCCAGAAUAAGAGUCAACAAAGCAAUGACCACGCUUUGGUUCGAUGUGAAUACAGCAUGGCUACCUUUAGCACAGGAGAUAGCAGGCGGAAGCCAAAGGGUGACAGGAGAUCCACAGAAAUUUCACUAGUUAUCCGACAAACUAUGGAAGCUUGCAUAAUGACACAUUUGAUGCCUCGUUCCCAGAUUGAUAUAUAUGUCCAAGUUCUCCAAGCAGAUGGAGGAACAAGAUCUGCUUGUAUAAAUGCUGCAACAUUGGCCCUUGCUGAUGCUGGUAUCCCUAUGCGUGACCUUGUUACUUCUUGUAGUGCUGGAUACCUUAACAGCACUCCUCUUCUUGAUUUGAACUAUGUAGAAGACAGUGCUGGAGGCCCUGAUGUAACUGUGGGAUUUCUGCCCAAAUUGGAUAAAGUGACACUUUUUCAGAUGGACUCUAAACUACCAAUUGACAUAUUGGACAAUGUUAUGCAACUGGCAAUUGAAGGAUGCAAGGCUGUCGCAAAUUACAUAAGAGAAAUUUUGCUGGAGAAUACUAAGGACCUAGAGUAUAGGCGUGGAGUAUAGCAUUCUACUGAGAACAUUGCAGGUAGUCUGCCCAUUUUUCAGUUUUGAUUCGACCCUUUGUUGCCCUGUCCUGUAAACAUUUUUGUAUAAGGAACUGACUGUGAAGCAGGAAGUAAAGUGCACGAAUGUUUAGCCAUUCUUUCUUUUCAUUGUGGUAAACGUGUUUAGCCAUCCUAACGUAGCUUUUGUUUUGCCAAGCUUGUUACAUUUGACUGAUACAACAAUAUGGUUGGCCCAGGCUGAUUUCAUCCCAAGCCUCUCAUUUUGUUGUUUUCCCUUUCAUUUGAUAACAUUUCAACAACAGUUGAGUGAUAAAUCUUUUGGUCAUGCAUUCCCCGGUA